UGCUUGUGUGACUUGUUUCAGGCAGCUCAGGAAAGAGCGCUGGAGUUAUUUACUGCUGGGAAAUUUCACCAGAAAUCAGUUGGAGUUUUUGCAUACAUCGGAGCAGAUGAAUGCUUGGUGACACCAUGACUGACGUGGAAUUUCACGUGAUACUUACCACUGCUCUGAGUGGCUUCCUGCUGUUGGCCGUAGUGGCACUGCUUUGCUACUUUACCUGCAGGCUGGCCGGUUCGCUACCCCUGGGUGGACCGGGCAGCUUUUAAGUGGUCUGCUGCAUCUGGGAACAGCAUCAGCAACUGGCUUCUGACACGGGUUAAUAGUGGACCUUGGUAUCUCCAUUGGUGAAAGAUUUUUCUUUUGUUCUCGACUUGCUUGUUUCUUUAUUAAACCAGUCUGAGCAAGUUUUUGAAUGUGCUGACAAGCUGUGAGGCGACUGCUGACAGGCUUCCUCAGCUUCUCAAAGUGGCAUGUUAUGGCUGUUUAGAGUGACGUGUCAGCCACACAGAGACGACAACAUGAAGGUGACAGCCCUGCUCAUCAUUUGCUCCUGCCUGAUCUUGGGGAGUUUGGGGAAGCCACAGUUUCCUGAACAAGAGAAGGAUCCCAAGUUUUGGAAUAUUUGGGCCCAACGGACCCUGAAAAAUGCUCUGACGCUGCAGAAUCUCAAUAAAAACAAAGCAAAGAAUCUCAUCCUCUUCCUUGGAGAUGGGAUGGGCAUUCCCACAGUGACUGCUGCUCGAAUACUGAAGGGUCAGCUUAACGGGCAAAAUGGAGAAGAGACUCAGCUGGAGAUGGACAAGUUCCCUUUUGUGUCUUUGGCCAAGGUCUGACUCUGUCAUUAUUAUGUCGUACGGUAUGGCACAAUGUAUUGAUCUUGCUGUGGCCAAUAAUAGAUUCCUGACAAGGCCUGUGCCUGUAAACAAGGUCACUCGGUUACUGACAUCAUACUGGUUGUGAUCUGGCGAUAUUCUACAUUUUUCUUACUGCCAAUGAA